AUGAUGAAGAGGAGAAUAGUAGUAGCCCCUCGAAGAAUUGUCUGGACAUUAGACUACCAACCAUCCCAAGUGUUUGUCAUGCCGAAAAGAAAAGAGAAGAAACGCUGCGAAAAGUGGAGGAAAUUCGCUGGACGGUCCACUUGCGCCGCAGUGGCUCAUCUGGGCGAGGAAUCGCAUCCUCUGCCGGUCAAAAUCGUUUGGCGGAUCACCUUGAUCGUGGGAAUAUUCCUGACGACUGUUUCCACUUACUUCUCCGCUUCGUCUUUCGUGAACUUUGCCGGCAAUAGCGAAAUGGUGUUGCAAGCCAAUUCUGACAGCUGGAUCGAACAUCCCAAUUACCACAUUUGCACGUCCAACACUUUCAAUUCGACCAUCCUCAAAGAAAUGGGAUUCGUCGAUGCCGAAAUGGUUUCCUAUUUGAUACUGACGACAUCGGUCUUUAUCGUGUCGCCGGCUCUGGUUGACGACGUGGAACGACAACGCCAGCUGGAAAUUAAAUUCAACAAGAUACUCGCCGAUAAAGGCAUCAAAGAUGUCAAGGAAAUCUUUCAACGGGCAGUACUCAAAUGCGAAGACAUCAUCGCUGGAUGCAUCUCACCCGGCGUUUACGUUGACGGUGUCGAUUGUUGCGCCAAAUAUUUCCCGACGGGGAGUUUCGCGUCAUCGACAGGCGCUUGCGUGACUACCUUCUCUACCCCACCCAUUAUUCAGAGUAUCCCGUCCAUUGGAUUCGGUUUCGUCGUUCUCGUCAGGGAUUCACGGGAUGCAAGCGGUCUGGAUAAUUCCAUCAUCAACCCGAUUACGGCCAAUCAGAAGGGAGUGGCAUUUUCCGUGUCGGACAAGUGGACCGAUCCUACCGUGGCGAUAUAUUUGGGCAAACAUUACACCCGUAUUGGCAUCUGGACCUCCGUAGCCCUUUCCAGAAAAACUAUCAAUGAUGAGGAUAUCAUGACGUCUGUUGUAUCCAGAAAAGUCUGCGCUCAUCGGAAUGAUCACGAACGCUAUCGCCAUUUAGUUCCUGGAUUUGGCAACUACACUGAAGAGAAUUGUAAUUUCGCUGUUCGUCAGAAGCGUGUGACCGAAUAUGCCAACUGUUACAUGAUGAACUUACCUUACAAAGGUGAUUUGCCGUCAUGUCGUCCGCAACAAAUGCUCAUUCUUGAUCAACUCGCCAAGACUAAAAUGAAUCUAAACAACGAAGAAUUAGACUGUGUCAGUGAAUGCUGGAAGGAAACUUACGAAUUCUCGGCCAGUUACGCCGAUUUAGAAUUGACGACUAAUUUCCGUUUUGGCAAUUGGUCCAUUUCACCCAAUCAAAGUAACACCUUGGCUGCUAUUAAUUUUUACUACCCGAGCUUCAUGCAAACUCUGAUGGUCAAUCAUUAUCCAACCAUUAACCAAUGGUUUGGAAUUUUGGGUGGCAAUUUAGGCCUAUUCCUUGGCGCCAGUAUGGUGACUGUGAUCGAACUUUUGGUCUUUUGCUUCAGUUGUUGCUGUUCUACCAAAUGAACAGGACACGAAAUGUAAUCUCG